ACCGUUUGUUCCCCUCUGCCCAGACUCAAGUCAAACCAACAAAUCCAAUCAAACAAACCAAACCCACUCACCAAAAAUGGCUCCCAAAAUCGCCAUCGUCUUCUGGUCCAUGUACGGCCACGUCCAAAAACUCGCCGAAGCCGAACUCGCCGGCAUCAAAGCCGCCGGCGGCACCGCCGACCUCUACCAGCUCCCCGAAACCCUCCCGCAAGAAGUCCUCACCAAAAUGCACGCUCCCCCCAAAGACGCCAACAUCCCCGUCCUCGAGGACCCCAAGACCCUCGAGCAGUACGACGCCUUCCUCUUCGGGAUUCCGACGCGGUAUGGAAAUUUCCCGGCCCAGUGGAAGACGUUCUGGGAUAAGACGGGUGGGCAGUGGCAGAGUGGUGCGUUUUGGGGGAAGUAUGCGGGGUUGUUUGUGGGCACGGCGACGGCGGGUGGGGGCCAGGAGACGACGGCUAUGAAUGCUAUGUCGACUCUUACUCACCACGGUAUCAUUUAUGUGCCGUUGGGUUACAAGCACACCUUUGCGCUGUUGUCGGACUUGUCUGAGGUCCGUGGUGGAUCGCCGUGGGGUGCGGGUACUUUCUCGGCCGGCGAUGGCUCCCGCCAACCUUCCGCCAAGGAACUCGAGCUCGCAACCGCGCAGGGCAAAGCUUUCUACGAGCAAGUCUCCAAGGUCAACUUUGCGUGACUAGAUGGCAGUGCCGCUGGAAAGCAGGAGGAAGGGGAGAAGAAGACGUUGGCUGAGCGUCCGGCUGCGGCCAAGACGGAGCCGGCAGCGAGUGCAAGCAAUGGUGCUGCUGCUGCUGCGGGUACCGGUUCUGGUGCUGGCGCGGCGACAACUGUACCAGGCAAGG